CAGCAGAGACAAGCCAGGCAAAAAGCAAAAAUUUAAGGCCCUGAGAAAAGCCAAAGAGCCAGAAUUUGAAAAAGAAACCAAAAGGGUAUUAAAACUUACUCCUUCUCUUGCAAUUCUCUUCCUGCCUCACCUCUCUGUCUCCUCUAUGAGACUUCGUUAUCUAUAGUAUAGGGUAUUCACUUUUCUUUCUUUUCACUAAUACCAUACCCUAAAUUUUAAUUGCAUUGCUUUGGAUCCCAUACCCCUCCAUUGCUUUUACUACGUACCCACACUCCACCCAAUUCUUCUUUAUAUAGCCUAUAUAAACCCACGCUCGCAUUCACCAACAGAACAGCAAAAGAGGGAAGAAAGAAAGAAAGCAAAGAGUAAGAAAAGGAAGAAACUUUGAAGCACCCUUUGAGGUUUUGAGGUCAAAUAUCUCCAAGUUCAAGCUCAAUGGAUCAAGACUACUUCAGGAGGAGUCAUCAAGUUCCUGCCUUUGGGAGCUGGGAUUGGAACCAAGACCUUCCCUUCACUCAGUGCUUUGAGUCUGCAAGACAAGCUGGGUUUCUACGAUACGCUACUUACUCUGAUGAACAUAGUCAGGAUCGCGAUUUGUACGUCACCGGUGACUUGUACCAGAACGACAUCGUCACUCCCGCCAUGAUCGUUGUUCCUCGUCGAAGGAACAAGAUGCGUCACCCGCAAGUGAAAGGAGCUAAAGAGGACCCUUGGGUCAUAGGUGAGGUGAAGGAGCCACCAAGCCCACCUCCAAGGUCCAGGCCCAAUCCCAAGCCAGUGGAUGAAGAUUUGUACAAAAUCUCACCAGAGCUACUCUAUGCUAAAGCCAAAAAGAAGAGAGGAUUGGGUUUCUUUUCAAGCUGCUUGCUGCCAACAUGUGUGGCAUGAAACAAUGAGCAAGUUUAUGUGGGAGUAUUAGUGAAUAUAUGACUAAAUAUGAGGAAAGAGUAAAAAUAUGUGUUCUCACUUUGAGAUUGUGAGCAUUUGUAAUAUACUUUGGUCCCAAAUUUCCUGUAAUCCUUCAUGUGGGUUAUGAGGAGAGACUAGGUUCAUAUUAUUAGGCCUACUAGCUUCUCCUUUGGCAAUGGAUUGGAAAUGUAUAACUUUAUAUAUCUAUGGAUCUUUAUAUUUUUCACUGUGA